AUGCGUUUGGACGGGAAGGUCGCGAUCGUUACGGGCGGGGGCAUCGGCAUCGGCCGUGCCUACUCCAAGGGACUGGCGCGGGAAGGCGCCAAGGUCGCCGUGGCCGACAUCCAGGUGGAGGCCGCCACCCAGGUGGCGGCGGAGAUCAACAAGGACGGGGGCGAGGCAAUACCCGUGGCGGUGGACGUCAGCUCGCCGGAAAAGACCCGCGAGAUGGCCGAUGCGGUGCUGAAAGCCUACGGGCGUAUCGACAUCCUGGUGAACAACGCGGGCCUGUACACCGCGCUUACCAAGAAGUCCUUCAUGGAGAUCCCCGAGGACGAAUGGGACCGGGUCAUGGCGGUGAACGUCAAGGGCCUGUUCCUGUGCGUGCAGGCGGUCUACCCGGCCAUGAAGGAGCAGGGCAAGGGCAAGAUCAUCAACAUCUCCUCGGGGACCAUCCUGGGCGGCACGCCGAUGUUCCUUCACUACGUGUCGUCCAAGGCCGGCGUCUUGGGAUUCACCCGGGCACUGGCGCGGGAGAUAGGAACCGACAACAUCUGCGUCAACGCCAUCAUGCCCGGCCUCACCAUAUCGGGCGACAGCCAGGAGGGCGUCACCACCCCCCAGCAACUGGAGAACCGGCGCAAAAGCCGGGCGUUCCAGCGGGACCAGUACCCGGACGACCUGGUGGGCACCGUCAUCUUCCUGUCCUCCGACGACAGCGACUUCAUCACCGGCCAGUCCAUCAGUGUGGACGGCGGCCAGCACAUGCACUGA